AUGCAAUUAUGGAUUCUGAUAACCUGCAUUGUAGUGUGUGGAAUUCUGAGUGCACUUUUUUCAGGCCUCUCCCUUGGAAUCAUGAUGCUAGAUACACUGCAAUUAAACCUGUUAAUCCUUGUAUCAGAAAAAGACAAAAAAGAAUUGAACAACGCAAAGAAUGCGAGAAAAAUAUUGCCUCUAAGAAACAACACGAAUGAAAUUCUGGUGACAUUUAUUACAGCCAAUGUAAUGGUGAAUUCAGCUUUUAGCUUGUUGCUUAGCGAAUUGACAGACGGAGUUACCUCAUUUAUUAUUUCAACUUUAAUUAUUACUAUUUUUGGAGAAAUUAUACCACAAUCCAUCUGUUCGAAACAUGGACUAGCCAUUGGAGGCUUCUUCGCUCCCCUUAUUCACUGCUUGAAGUUCUGUCUUUUCAUAUUCGCCAAACCGAUUAGUCUAAUUCUGGAUCAUUUCGUUGGGAAAAAUGUACUAAAUACAUAUGAUAAGAAACAACUGAAGGCACUCGUGGACAUGCACAAAAGUGCAGCUGACAUUCUGCACGAAGAUGAAGCAAAAAUUGUUGUUAGCGCCUUGGAAAUGUCACAAUACAAAGUGAUGCACAUCAUGACAGAUAUAGAUUACGUCUUUGGAAUUGAUUAUAACAGCUUUAUAAACUAUGACACGAUAAAACGGAUUCUAAAAAGUGGGUUCUCAAGAAUACCUGUUCUAAAUAGACAUAGAUCUGAAUGUGUUGUUGGACUCAUUCACAUUAAAGACUUAAUAAACAUCUGGUUUGGUAUCAACAAAAUAAUUUUUGAUAAUAAUUCGCUAGUUCAAUAUAGAAAAAGAAGAGACAGUAAUAAACAUAGAUAUUACAAAAAAAAAACAAAAUCAGGAAUAUUCCAUCUGAUUAAACAAAAAUCAGAAAAAAUUAGAAUAGCCAAUAAAAUAUAUGCAUAUAAUGGAGAAAAAAUUAUUGCACGUCCUACCACUGCAUCUAGUAAAAAUUUCAAAAACAAAAAAGGGGACGAUAAGCACCUCAUAAGUGCUCGCUUAAAAAAUACACAUAACAAAAAAAUAAAAAACACUUCAACAGAAGAAAAACAUCUUAUCGGUAGGAAGAAAAACGGGUAUUGCACAGAUACAGCCGAUAGUGAAAAUGAUUUGGACAGUACCCUCGGUAAGGAAAAUGAAAGAGAAGUUGGAGUUUAUGACCACGCUGAUUCCACUCUUCAUGAUGAGCACCACGGCAGGGGAGGAACAGCAGCAGAAGUAGAAGCAGAAGUAGAAGCAGAAGUAGAAGUAGAAGCAGAAGCAGCAGCUGCAGCAGAGAUGGUUCAAGUGGAAAUCUCAGAUUUGAAAGGAAAGAGAGGGAACUCAAAAACAAAUGCAAAUGGGCAUGUGGAAACAGACAGCGAAUUAGAACCCGAUAGAAAAUCCAAAAUGAGCGAAGUAAAAAUUAACAUAAGCCACUAUUCCAUGGAAAAACAAAUCCAAAAUGAAAAUUUCGAUCAGAUGAAAAGGAAGAAGGGCGAAAAAAAGGUUCAAAUAAAAGCGUCCAAUAAAAAAGAGGAGAAAAAAAUGGUAAGAAGCAACUAUGACAGACACAAAAAUGAACAUAUGCACACAAAUAAAUGCACACUGAAUCCGAAUGAAAAUAACGAUAUUGUAAAUCCGUCCAAACUUCGAGAAAAGAAAAGAAAAAAAAUUAAAAAGAGUUACAAAAAUCCAUACGAAACAAAGAACAGAAAUUUAAAUUUUGUCGAAUUCCUUUCGGAUCAAAUGAUGCUUAGUGAAGAUAAUGAAGAACAGUCAUCAUCACUUGAUGACAUCGAAUUUACCGACAUUAGAAAGAGAAUAAAAUAUUACAACAAAUUGAACAAGGGGAGACAAGGGGCAAACACAACAUGUGCUAAUCUUCCUAGUGGAAAUGGCUUCUCCACAGGAACUGUGAAAAGUUUUCAUCCCUCAGGAAAAUGUCAAACGAAAAGAAAGUUAACAUCUCCAAUUGAAAAAGAAAACUGUAAUGUUAAUCUAUAUGAAGAAAACCAUCAGGAAACAACAGACACGAGAAAUGAUGCACUUAAUGAUGCACAUGAUAGUAUUAGUGAUAUCACGUCCAACUAUGGUCUUAACAGGUACGUGUCACAAAGCAUCAUGAUAAAAGAAAAUUUAAACAAAGAAAAAAAUAUGCAACACAUUUUCUUGGAUAUAAAAAGUUACAUCAGAAUAACAAGAAAUAAGGAUAUUGAAAUUCCAGUGAAAUAUAUUUUGAAACAUAUUGGAAGAUACAUUUACGGAGUCGACUAUAAUGAAAGUAUACUCUCUUUGUUAAGUUUUUUUAAAAGUGCCAAUAAUCACAUUGUAGUUGUGAGGAAGGUUAUUUGUGAUGAAAAUGCAGACCCAAAAUAUUCACACAUUGGAAUUAUUACUCUAGAAGAUGUUAUAGAAAUUUUACUGCAAGAAGAAAUAACGGAUGAAUUCGAUUUUAGAAAUAUAAAAAAGGGAACCGACAUUCCUUCCAAUUUUGUCUGGAAAAAUUCUGAUGAAUCGCUUAAGAAUGCUAAUAAAAUGAGGGAAAAAUCAAUAGAUAAGAAAAACGACAAAGCAUACAUAGAACCCAAGGGAAUGCAACAAUCACAGGAAAGAGGAGACGACAAUAAUACUGCACCUGAAUGGAUACACUCUUUCAUGGAACAAAGGAUUAACAGAAAGAACACACACCUACCAGCAUGCAAAAAGGAAAUUAUCAGUGUUCUAAAAGAAAGUAUAUAUUUUAAAUACAUAGAUACACAGUUGAUAAGAAAGUGGAUACAAAAAAAAAAAAUAAGAACUGUACAAAAAAAUGAAUAUCUAUUGAAAGAAAAUACCUUUUUAAAUUAUGCAAUUAUACUCAUGAAAGGACAUGUGAAAAAUGUAAAAAACAAUAGUACACACAUAUUGGAAGAUAAGUGCAUUAUUGCAUUGGAAGCUCUCGGGCCAUGUAACAUUAUCGAACUAUUUAAUAGCACUAUUGAGAAAAGAAUUCAUGUUUUGGAAAAUUAUCAAGAAGAAAAAAAAAAAAAAAAAAUAAAUAAUAAAUCGCUAUUUUUCAAAAGAAAAAAUCAGGAAGACAAGAAAGGAUCAUUUAAAACAAAAUGGAGUUCCCUAAUCAGGGAAAAGCACAAAAAUCAGAAAAACAAGUCGAACGGCAUAAGCACUGAUACUGACCUACACAUCACAAACGUGAUUCAUAAGAACAUCAAUAUCUUGUUCAAGAAGUGGUAUACACAGCAUGUCUACUUUAACAAGAGCACGUAUAUUGCAGAAACUCCCUGCGAAUAUAUUGUUCUGUCCAAAAACGAAUAUAUGGACAUGAUAACUGAAUGCUACAGCAACAACAAGGUUGACGAAAUUAUUGAGGAUAAUUGA